AGGAAUCAAUGCACCCCUCUGACUUUCACUGUUAUCGGAAUCUUGAAGAAUUAUCGGCAAAAAAUCAAGGAAAGAUGAAGCUUCUGAUACUACAUUUAUGUGCAACUAUCAACAUAUGUCUCCUUUGUUUUCCAUACAAAUCUUUUUGUGCGGAUAACAAAUUUAAGGAAUGCAAGAAGGCCAGGUAUUGUGGGAACCAAACCAUACGAUUCCCGUUUUAUACUGAUGAUAUUCCACAAUACUGUGGCUUCCCAGGAUUCGAACUCACCUGCAUAAACAAGGAUGUCUUGUUACUCAACUUAUUCGAUGACCAGUACAAAAUUACUCAAGUAUUCUAUGCAAACAAUUCUUUCCGUGUGUCGAAUGUUUUGAGCUUAAGAAGCGGUUUCUGCAGCCUUUCCAAAAUUCGCAACUUGGAGUUGCCUGGUGGUGAUGAGCGGUUUGAGCUACAUAGCAGCUCAACCCUGAUUUUGUUUUCAAAUUGUACUUCACAAUCUGGAGAUAGAUUUUCCAAGAAUAAAGUUGGUUGUGACCUGAAGAAAGAUGGUGCAGAUUGGGUUCUUGCUAUGAAAACAGAUGAUCCAGAUGUAGAUUUCGCGUAUGAGGCAUGUGAAUCUGUAGUACUGGCACCAGUACAUGAUUAUGGUGAAGAUGGUGACACCGAUUAUCUCAACUUGAUCAGAAAUGGAUUUGAUUUGAAGUGGACGGUCACUGGUUGCAGAGAAUGCAAGGAUAGUGCAUCAUCUAAAGGCAAACUUGGUGUCAAAGUGGGACUAGCAGGCGCUUUGGCUGCUGGGGUGCUGAUUUCAGCAGUUCUGUUAUUUUUUUUCUGGAGUAAAUGCUCAUCUUGUAGAUAUCUGAUAUCUUCAAAAAGUGUAAGAAAAGACCGUGAAAAGGUUGAAGCGUUUCUGAAGUUGCAAGGAAAUAAUGCCCCUAAAAGAUUUAGAUAUCGGGAUAUAAAAAAGAUGACACAGUCUUUCAAAUCCAAGCUAGGCCAAGGAGGUUAUGGCGGUGUGUACAAAGGCAAGUUACCUGAUGAGCGUGCUGUGGCAGUGAAGAUUCUGAAUACCUCAAAGAGUGAUGGAGAAGAAUUUCUCAAUGAAGUUGCUAGCAUUAGUAGAACGUCCCAUGUUAACAUUGUCAGUCUCCUUGGUUUUUGUUUUGAGGGUCCUAAAAGAGCUCUGGUCUACGAGUUCAUGCCUAAUGGAUCGCUGGAAAAGUUUCAAUCAGAUGGAAAAUCCUCCGCAGCUCAACAACUUCGAUGGCAGACACUAAAUGAAAUUGCACUUGGAAUUGCUCGAGGAUUAGAGUAUUUGCAUCGAGGUUGCAGUACACGGAUUUUACACUUUGACAUAAAGCCUCAUAACAUUCUUCUAGAUGAAAAGUUUUGCCCAAAGAUAUCGGACUUUGGGCUUGCCAAAUUAUGUUUAGGCGAAGAGAGCAUCAUCUCAAUGCAAGACAUGAGAGGAACACCAGGGUAUAUUGCACCAGAAAUAUUUUCAAGAAACUUUGGAGGCGUAUCUCACAAGUCAGAUGUCUAUAGUUAUGGAAUGAUGAUCUUAGAAAUGAUAGGAGCCAAAAAUAAUAUAAAUGAAGAAGUUGAUAAUUGUAGCAGCAAAUACUUCCCAGAUUGGAUAUACGAUCGCCUUGAGCUGAAUGCUGAUCAAAUCAAACUAGCUGACAUCUCCGAUGAGGUGGAAGAAGAAAGUACAAGAAAAAUGUUGAUAGUUGGGUUGUGGUGCAUACAAACUCACCCCUCAGACAGACCAUCCAUAAAGAGGGUACUAGAAAUGUUAGAAGGAAACGUCAAGUCCUUGAGAAUUCCAACCAGGCCGUUGCUGAAGUCCACAGAAGAGCCUCUGGAAACGUUUUCGACCACUUAGGCCCUGUUUAGUAUUGCUGUUACAGACAUUUUUUGCUUAAAAGCACUUGAACAGACAAUUUUUUCCCUGUGCUUUUUGAAAAUAUUAUAUAUUUUAAAUUAUACUUCAAAACUUGCAAGUAUAAAAAAUAUUACUAAACAGUUAUACGAUUUAUGUAACAGACUUUUUUCACAAACGUUUUUUCUAGCAGUACAACAGUUUUGAACAUCACUCCCGCAUGGAGCCUUAGGUAAGAACUUGAAAGGUAAUUGGUUCCAAGUUCUGGUACGAACAAUAAUUCAGUAAACUUUACUAGAUUUAAACUUCUCCUUACUAGUCAGCUUAGCAAUUUUCUU